UGUAUUUAAAAGGGGGAGAGGGACACGGUUCCACUGUGAGCUUCUCUCUCUCUCUCUUUCUUGUUUCUCUCUCUAGAGAUGGCUCUCGCCAUGCCGUCUGGAUCGUUCAUGGCUCUGCUUCUGCUGCUCACCGCGGUCCCUAUGGCGUUCAUAGUCUCCCUGGAGCGAUCGGCGUCGUCCGGACCUCAUAUCGGUUACCACAGCAAGUGGUGGUUCCGGGAGUCCGUGGAAUGGGACGAUCGAGGCGGGAGGUUCAUCGUGUCCUGCUUUGAGGGAGGGCUCGGCCAGAUCGUGGUGCCGGACGGCGAGUUCUCCGGCGCGUUGGAGGAGGAGACGGCCGUCGCCGCUCUCAAGGAGCUUCCGGGGAUCUCCUUCCUCGGCAUCCGCGUGGACCGCCGGCGGAACCGGCUGCUCGUGGUACUUGCGGACGUCCUCCGCGGCCGAUUCGGCGGGGUCGCGGCCUACGAUCUCGACUCCUGGCAGCAACUCUUCCUCACGCAGCUCAGCGGACCAGAUGUGAAGACGCUUGCCGACGAUGUCGCCGUCGAUGACGAUGGAAACGCUUAUGUCACUGAUGCCAAAGACUCCAAAAUAUGGAAGGUUGGUGUCAAUGGUGAACUGCUCUCAACCAUACAGAAUGAUCUGUUCACUGAAAGAAAGGAGUGGUAUCUUAACUUCGUAGGGCUCAAUGGCAUUGUUUACCACCCGAGUGGGUUCCUGCUAGUUAUUCAUACUUCCACUGGCAGUCUAUUCAAGGUUGAUGUAGACAAGGAGCUGGUUAGUAAGGUUGAAAUUGUUCAAGGCUCAUUGAUGCUUGGGGACGGCAUGGCGCUCCUGUCUGCGACCCAACUGGUAGUUGCAGGAACACCAUCAAGCAGGCUGGUUGAGAGCUUAGAUGGCUGGAAAACGGCGAAGGUGAUCGGAAGGUACAUAGGUCCGAUGCACCGGAUUGCUUCUGCCGCGACGGUAAAAGACGGUAAGACUUAUGUGAAUCACAUCGUUGGGCUGGGGCUUGGGAAGAGUAGGCAUCUCAUCACAGAGGCAGUCUUUUUGCCUGUCAAUGCUUCGUCUGGUUGGUUAUGGUAAAGAGUAGGCAUCUCUGUUGUAUGAAAAAUGCUUUUCCAAUGUGUUCAGAAUUAUUGGCAUCUUUAUGAACAUCAGCUUUGAAGGGCUACCAUGCAGAUGCCUCCUCCCGUCCUCUCUUAAUCAAUGGUCAUUUAUGUCAGCGCUUUAAUCCUAGAGAGCAGAUCAGGUCACUUGUGAAAGGGAUGGCAGCAGCUAAUUCCUAGAUUAGCAGCUGCCACUUAUGAAAUUGGGUUCUUCUGUAAAAUAGAAUAGGGUAAAUGAUUUCACCUUCUUUCUCUAGUGCCCUAUACGCAGGGCUUUUUUA